AUUGUUCAUCAUUUUCAGAAAACGAAAAAUAUGUUACGUAAGAGAAAUGGCAGUACUCCAGCCAGGCUGACGAGAGGACUUUCUCAGAAGGCGUUGGAUAUUACAGAUAGCGCUCUGUCUCCGAUAAAAUCGCCGACUAGGACUUUCCUCCUGGAAACGCCAGUUCAGUUCACCACGGGCAUGCAAUCUCAGGAGAGGCAUCUCUUUCUCUUCACCGAUCUUCUGCUGAUCGCGAAAGCUCGUAGCAGCGGUAACUUUAAGCUGAAGCAAAUCGUGAAAAUGAGCGAGCUCUGGCUCACGGCCGGUCACAUAGAAGACGUGGCAGAAACCAGCAAGUCCGUGGAGACCAGCUUCGUCAUCGGCUGGCCCACUACGAACGUUGUGGCCACUUUCAUGACCGCUGCGGCACGAGAUCUCUGGUGGGGACGUUUGAACGAUCUCGUGCAAGAGGAAAGAAGUAAGGAGCCGUCGAAGACGAACAUUCAAGUUAUGUACCACGACAACGACACGCACACCGACUACUUCAAGACGAUCACGGUUCACUCCGACAAGACGGCGCAGGACUGCGUGAGCAAGGCGAUGUCGUUGUGGGAUCUUCAAGCUUCUUCAGGACCCUUCCAGCUCUGGGCCCGAACGUUCCCAGACGAGCCGCCGUAUCCGUUGAUAGGACACGAGCGACCAUUCGCCGUGAAGAUGUCGCGUCUACGGCACAUGCUGUCGACAGACGAGGGCUUCGAUCUGGUGCACAUCAACAACAGCGGCGUCGACCUCUGCCACUUCAUCCUCAGGCCCGUGAUGAAAACGCCCGCGAAAAAGAACAAUCGGUCGAAAAUAACUGGUCUGUUGCGUCGCUCGCUAUCGUUGAAUCCGCAUCUCUUCGGCGUGCCUCUGGCGCGGCUGGACGAGAACGGCCUGCCUAAACCCGUACUCGUGAUGCUGCAACAAUUAUUCGCGAAGGGCCCGUUCAUGCAGGGAAUAUUCCGCAAGUCUGCGAAUGUUCGAAUCGUUCGAGAGCUGCGUGAACAGAUCGAGUCGACGGGAGAUCCUAGUUGUUUGGAGGAUGCGCCGAUCAUAGCAGUAGCGGCUUUGCUGAAGGAUUUCUUGAGGUCUUUGCCGGAUCCUCUCUUGACCUCCCAUCUGUUUCCUUUGUGGAUGGACAGUUUGGACGCGCCGAGUCCUGUUCAAACUAUUAAAAGCAUUUUACAUAGACUGCCAAAGGCGAAUUUCACGUUACUCUCGCAUUUAAUUUGCGUGCUGCACCAUGUGGCGAAGCGGUCGAAACGUAAUCUCAUGUGCGCCAGCAAUCUUGGCGUUUGCUGCGGUCCGAGUUUACUUUGGUCGUCGAACCCGACGGUGAAUCAGAGUAGAGCGAUCCCGACAAUCACGGAAAUGUUGAUCCGCAACUGCGAAGAUUUGUUUGGGGCUGAUGUUACGCAUCUUCUCGGAGAAGAUACGCGUAGCGACAGCGGAGCCGAGGAGAGCACCGAUAGUCUUCACUCAGGUGGAAUAUCGUUGGAUAGUCUGGACCUGACGGAGGCACCGCGUAGAGAUCCCAUGUCCCUGUCAAGGGACUCAGGCUUGACCUUGUCAGAUUGCCAAUUAUUCAUCCCGGAAUCGCCCGUAGGCUCGGAAGACUCUGCUCCGAAUGCCCCGACGUCUACUAAUUACGAUAAGUCUUUUACGAAGGAGGAGAAGUCUAAUGAUAAAACCUACAUACCAGUUUAUAGAUGCGGAUGGGAGGAAAGGCUGAAUGGUUACACGUCCGGCAAUCAUACAAACAGCACGGAGCACAACUUCAGAGAGGAAAAGGCCAACGAGUGUUACCCCAAUCCGGCUCAGUCGUCCAAUUUCCAACGGCAAGAUUGGCUACGGGCGCAACUCAAAAGAACACCUAGAACAAACAAAUUGGACGAGCAUGAGCACAGAAAGGAGAGAUUUGGCGACAAGGACAUAUAUGAUAGAGAGUACCUUAGACAGGAUACGAUGAAAGAAAAUGUGGAGAACUGCAAGGCUUAUCGGAGCAGACAGUUGAACGGCAGCUAUGAUAUACUAUCGGAGGAUUAUAAUAGCAAGAGCUUGCAGCAAGAUAUCCGGAGUGCCGAACGAGUGUCAAUUCACGAUUCAGAGCAAGAUCUAACGGGUGGUGGUGAUACAUCUCGUUCUGGCAGCGACUGCUAUGAGUUCAAGAAGGUCAAGUCUUCCGAGGUCCAGUACGUGAGUCUGGAAUCACCGAUGUCGGAGAAAGAGCGCUGUCGCCAAGCCCGCGACCGUGAAUUAUACGAUGAUUUCGUUAGAGUAAAGGCUUCCAUAUACAUGGAGGCGUUGAAGUAUUGCAAGAGUAAGGAAUCGAAUGGCGAAUCCGAUGGUAAAGUUACAUACUGCCAGGACAGGAGUCGAUCAACCGAGAUCUAUGGAACCGCGGAUGCGAACGAUUCCUAUAAAAGCGUAGUCGACCUUAGUGAGGAUGAGCAGGAGAAAAGAACUACAUCUUGGCCAGAUACACCACCGCCGUUACCACCGAGGCUUAGACACCUGCCGCCGGUGCACAUGAAUCUCGAAGACAGGCAUAAAGUGGCGGGCAGAUCUAGAUCUUUACCACCGCCACCGCCCUAUCGACCUCCACCGCAACCUCGCGCUCCCAUCACCACGAGGCAUCUAGGAUUCGGCAGAUCCGUUGUGGAUGAUGAGAGCUACGUCUGAGAACAAACGGCGGAUUCACACUGGCUUUUAAUCAUCGAAUAUGCCCCUUUCCCUCCAUCCCGUUAUCCCGGUGUGUAUUAGGGCUGUUACUUUUGAUAACUUCGAAGAUUCGAAGCUUCCAAGUUCGAAUUUAACUUCGAAGCUUCGAAGCUUCGAAAAAUUUAUU